AUGCGCUUGCAUAGAGGAGGGCAGUCACCUGUCCACAAAAAACUUUCCUCCGGCACAGAAACAGAUAAGUGGAGAGGCGGAUACAGUGAUCAGGUUGCCUGUCUUUGCGUUGGUAUUGCUGGAUUUGAUGGUUGUGGUUGCAGCAUUCCCGAUUCGGAACCUCUCAUGCUGAAGAGCCACGGCGAAUCCCAUGUCCCGGUGAACGACCCUCCCAACAGCCUGGCUGUGGAGACCUUGGAGGAAUUAGAAUGGUGUCUGGAACGGCUAGAGAGCAUUCAGACCCACCGAUCUGUCAGUGAUAUGGCCUCCAGUAAGUUCAAAAAGAUGCUGAACAAGGAGCUCAGUCAAGUGUAUGACGGAGAUAAGCUCAGCUCCCAAAUCACCGAGUACAUAUGUUCCACUUUUCUGGAUCAGGACGAACAAACCGCCGACAAUCAGUUGCCCGGUAGUAGCGGCAAUGGCGGUGGCGCCAAUGGGGAGGAUGAUAAUGAGCCUGUCGCUGCUUCUUCUGCUUUAGUGGCAGCGGUAGCAGCAGCUGCCUCCGCUGCGGCAGCUGCUGCUGCCUCUAAGGCUGCAGAUACCGUCACUAGCAGCGGUGUUGGCGUUGUCGAUGUUGGUGUCGGUAUAACAGAACAGAAGACAAUCACUGCUGGAAGUAGUGCAGAUUUCCGGAAAAUGCAACAGGAAGGGCAACAGGGACCGCUUUUACCGUCAUCAGUGAUUGUUCGGUUGGAUCGCAAUGCGGCGCAGAAGUUGGCUGCCGUCGCUGCAGCUUCCGAGAAGCGUCCCAGUGAGGUUUUGCUCGGUCCUGGUCGACUGACCGACUCACAUCGAUCCUCUGCUGCCUCCGUCUCCUCCCCUUUCGUGCCGAGUAUAUUGGGUGUCAAUGGCGGCGUGACAGGACUUGGUGUGGAUCCUAAGAAGGUGGCUCAAUUUGAGGAUCUGCCAGAGCCCCCACCUCCCUACGGCGUCAUUUCUGAGCAUUCAGAGGAAAUUACCGAGAUCAGGUCUGUCUCCCACGUGAAGUGUGACUUCAUCCUAAGCGCAAACGGCGGUGUACUUUUCGGUACGGCCCUAUUUGCGCCAUCACUAGCCCGCUGCUCUGCAUUAGGUGGAGAGAAAAGGGAGAGUAUGCCGGAAGGGGAAGAGAAGGAGGAGGAAGAGAUAGAGGAGGAAGGGGAGAAGGUGUACUUUCUCCUGGAAGGUAGUCUCGAUCAGUGGGGCAUGGAUAUCUUUAAACUGGCCGAGUGUACCCCUAAUCCCCUAACCUGCGUCACUUACACAAUCCUCAAGCGACGCGGGUUAAUAAAUAAAUUCAAAAUUCCCCACUGGAACCUCCUGCGAUAUCUACGAUCAGUGGAGUCGCAUUACAACGCCUACACCCCCUAUCACAACAAAAUUCACGCUGCCGAUGUCGUUCAAUCCGUCCAUGUGCUUCUGCAGGCUCCCGCUCUUAACCUCGAGUUCACUAACUCUCGUGCAUGCAUUUAUGCAUCAGAAGCAGCAACUGAAGCAGAAGAGGCAUCAAUGGCCGCAGCGCUACAUGCUAGCAGUCAUCACAACAGGGCGACUAAAAGUGUCUGCUUCGCGCUGACGACGAAGGAUGACGGCUACGACUACUGCAGCGAGGCCGAAGACAACAACGCCUGCAGGCACACGGGGACUACGGAGGUGGAGAUUCUAUCGACGAUUCAAGUAAACAGGAGGAUGACAGCUGAAGAAAUUUCAGACAUACACUUAAUUUUCCCUUGUCUUGCCUCUCAUGAAGGCUUUGAUCUUAGCCGUGUGUGUCGGGCGGUGCCUGAGCAACUGCUGUCGGAGGAGUAUUGUUGCAAUCGCUUAGACUCCGUUUUUACUGACCUCGAGUUGGCCGCAGUGAUCAUUGCCUGUGCCGUCCAUGACGUGAAUCAUCCCGGUGUCACCAACCAAUACCUUAUCAAUACGAAUGAUGCACUGGCGAUACUGUACAAUGAUGCCUCGGUGCUGGAAAACUAUCAUUUGGCAGUGGCCUUCAAUUUGCUCACCUUUCCCGGUUGCGAUAUUCUCGUGAAUCUCACCCGAAAGCAACGCCUCACCUUCCGGCGCAUGGUCAUUGAUAUGGUGCUCUGCACGGAUAUGUCGAAACACAUGUCCCUUCUUGCCGACCUUAAGACCAUGGUGGAAACCAAGAAGGUGGCCGGUUCAGGCAUCCUCAACCUCGACAACUAUACAGACCGCAUGCAGAUCCUACAGAAUAUGGUGCACUGCGCGGAUCUGUCUAACACAGCGAAGCCGUUGGAUCUUUACACCAAGUGGAUGCACCGUCUCAUGGAUGAGUUCUUCCUCCAAGGUGACCGAGAACGCGCCGCCGGUCUCGACAUCAGCCCCAUGUGUGAUCGUGAAACUGCCACUAUUGAAAAAUCUCAGGUCAGUUUCAUCGAUUUCAUCUCACACCCUCUGUGGGAGAUGUGGUCCGAUUUGGUGCAUCCUGCAGCACAGGACAUUCUUGAGUUGUUGGAGUACAAUCGCAAUUGGUACUUCAAUCUCAUCCACGCUGACGACCAUCAUCAACAACAGACGUCACAACAACAGGCACAGUCGAAGGAGACGGAAGAUUUCACUACCGCCACGACAUCCACCACCACUGCCUGA